ACUAACUAACCAACGGUUUAGCACUAGCCACAACACUCCAUCAUCCUUACAUCACAAACUCUUCCUCUUUUUAAUCACAACCGACACACACAUUCCAUUUCCAUUCCAAUUCUACACUCUCUCUCUCACACACACAUUCAUUUCAUUCCAUCAUGGAGCCCGUAAGCCAAUGGGGGAACACACCACUCAUUACAGUAGACCCUGAAAUCCACGACCUAAUCGAAAAGGAAAAACGUCGCCAAUGCCGUGGAAUCGAACUAAUUGCGUCGGAAAAUUUCACCUCAUUUGCCGUCAUCGAAGCUUUAGGAAGCGCUUUAACCAACAAAUACUCCGAAGGCAUGCCGGGAAAUCGUUACUACGGCGGUAACGAAUUCAUCGACGAAAUCGAGAAUCUCUGCCGUUCACGUGCGCUUCAAGCUUUCCAUCUUGAUCCACAAUCAUGGGGAGUUAACGUUCAACCUUACUCUGGUUCUCCUGCUAAUUUCGCCGCUUACACCGCCGUUCUUAAUCCUCAUGAUCGGAUCAUGGGAUUGGAUCUUCCUUCCGGUGGUCAUCUUACGCAUGGUUAUUAUACUUCCGGUGGGAAGAAGAUCUCGGCGACUUCGAUUUACUUUGAGAGUUUGCCGUAUAAGGUGAAUUCGACUACUGGUUUUAUUGAUUAUGAUCGGUUGGAGGAGAAGGCUUUGGAUUUUAGGCCGAGGUUGAUUAUCUGUGGUGGUAGUGCUUACCCUAGGGAUUGGGAAUACAAUCGAUUUAGGGAUAUUGCUGACAAAUGUGGUGCUCUUUUGCUUUGUGAUAUGGCUCAUUUUAGUGGCCUUGUUGCUGCUCAGGUGGUUAACAAUCCGUUUGAGUUCUGUGACAUAGUGACGACAACAACUCACAAGAGUUUGAGGGGCCCUAGGGCAGGUAUGAUCUUCUACAGGAAGGGACCUAAACCACCCAAGAAGGGCCAGCCUGACAAUGCAGUUUACGAUUUUGAGGACAAGAUCAACUUUGCAGUCUUCCCCUCCCUUCAAGGUGGUCCUCACAAUCACCAGAUUGGUGCCCUUGCUGUUGCCUUGAAACAGGCCAUGUCACCUGGGUUCAAGGAAUAUGCCAAGCAAGUUAAGGCCAAUGCAGUCGCCAUUGGAAAUUACUUGAUGAGCAAGGGAUACAGUCUUGUCACUGGUGGAACUGAGAACCAUCUUGUGUUGUGGGAUCUCCGCCCUCUUGGAUUGACCGGAAACAAGGUGGAGAAACUUUGUGACCUCUGUAACAUCACGGUGAACAAAAAUGCUGUUUUUGGUGAUAGCAGUGCCUUGGCUCCUGGAGGAGUACGAGUUGGUGCUCCAGCCAUGACAUCUAGAGGCUUGGUUGAAAAGGACUUUGAGAAGAUUGGAGAAUUCCUUCACCGUGCCGUGACUCUCACACUAGAUAUCCAGAAGGAACAUGGAAAACUUCUGAAGGAUUUCAACAAGGGCUUGGUUGAUAACAAGGCAAUUGAAGAACUCAAAGCCGAUGUUGAGAAGUUUUCUUCCUCAUUUGGUAUGCCUGGCUUCCUGGUAUCUGAGAUGAAGUACAAGGAUUAAACUUUCCUCUCAAAUGUCUCCCUAGAAGUUUGAGACAAAGUGGAGGAGAAAUAGAGAAAAGUAAAAUAAGUGUCUUCCUAUUUUGGGUGUGAUAUCACGAUAGUGUUUCAAUUCAAAAAUUGAAAUUUUUUGUAUGUGUUUGUUUUCAUGUUUUUGUUAGCCUAAUAUCAUAAUUUUCUUAAUAGCAUCAUAUUUUAAUAAAAUGUGCUAUUUUCCGUUUCUUUUGAGGUUUGUAUUAAUCAUUUUAUAUACAAAAAUGCACGCAAACAGCCUGCAACUACAUGUAUUAAAUUUAACUAACAAAAUAAAGUAGAUUGAUCAUUGUCCUUUGA